AUGGUUAGAGUACGUAUAAAAUCUGAUGCACCUUUGUUUUCAGCUGAAGAUUAUUCAUAUAUAAUGCAAUGUCGUGAUAUAAAGCCAAGAUACAAAAUUUUAAAAGAAUUAUUGGAUAAAUAUAAAACAUCAUCAAAACGUAUUUAUCAAAUUUGGAGAGGAGAAGAGGCUAAUAGAGUUCUCUGGGAUCAACCUAUACCUUAUUCAUAUGUAUCAGAGACUACCUCUGGCAAUAAUUCAUCUAGUACAAAUGAUGCAAUUCACUCUGAAGUUUUAUCUGAUGAAUCAGUAGAAGUGGUACAGCCAAAGAUUCGAAAUUCUACUUCUUCACAUGCAGUAAAAAAAAGUGCCUCUUCUAUAGACAAUACAUCUAAGAGAAAAUCCGAACUUGAAAAAUUAAUAAAGGAUACUAAAAGAUUAGCUCCUAUGAAAAUUGCCAAGUCGUGUCAAAAGUUAAAAUAUAUCAAAAUAGGUGGUGCCCACAUUACUGAUAUCUCAUUAAAAGAAAUCGCUCAUCUGUGUUCGAACCUUCAACAUAUCCACUUGAUCGAUUGUGAAAAAGUGACGGAUUAUGGAAUUAGCAUUAUAGCCACCUCAUAUCCAAAUAUGCUUAGUUUUUCUUUUACAAAUGGAAACGGUUUAUAUGAUAAAUUUAAUAAUGAGGGUAUUUCCGAUGUUUCUGUUAAAAAAAUCGCUCAGUGUUGUCCCGAUCUCCAAUAUCUUAAUGCUAGUUGGAAUUGUAUAUCCGAUGAUUCCAUUUGUAUAAUAGUGCGAUCAUGCCCAAAUCUUGAACAACUUUAUCUUGAAGGUUGCAAUAUUACCGAUAUAACUAUGACUGCAUUAGCAAAUUUAUGUAAUCUCCAGAAGCUCGAUAUUGAGGAAUGCGACAGAAUUAGUAUCAAUGCAAUUAUAACAUUGCAAAAUAAAAAUCCUGCUCUUGAUAUUGUCGGUUGGUAUCCAGAUACGAAUAGUGAGUCGGGUAUAUCGUUAUAG